AUGGCGAGCGUGGUGGUGAAGACGAUCUGGCAGUCCAAAGAGAUCCAUGAGGCCGGGGACCCCCCCGCGGGGGUCGAGAGUCGCUCCCAGCUGGUUCCCGAGGCUCCUGGGGGUGUGACCAGCCCAGUCAAAGGGAUCGCGAAGAAAAAGAAGGCCGUGUCCUUCCACGGGGUGGAGCCUCGGAUGUCCCAUGAGCCAAUGCACUGGUGCCUGAACCUCAAACGGUCCUCAGCCUGCACCAACGUGUCCCUGCUCAACCUGGCCGCCAUGGAGCCCACUGACUCCUCGGGGACAGACUCAACCGUGGAAGACAGCGGCCUGCUGGCAUUGCCCGUGCCCAUCCCACCCUGGGCUCCAGAUGACCCAGACAUCACGGAAAUACUGAGUUGGGUUAACAAUGGAUUGGUCCACGCCAAAGAUUCCAUCACCAGCUUGAAGGAAAAGACCACCCGGGUUAACCAGCACGUGCAGACGCUGCAGAGUGAGUGUUCUGUGCUGAGUGAGAAUCUAGAGAGAAGGCGGCAAGAGGCGGAAGAACUGGAAGGGUACUGUAGUCAACUCAAGGAGAACUGCUGGAAGGUGACCCGGUCGGUGGAAGAUGCUGAAAUAAAAACCAACGUCCUGAAGCAGAACUCUGCCCUGCUGGAGGAGAAGCUGCGCUACCUCCAGAUGCAGGAUGAGACGCCCAGGAGGCAGGAGGCUGAGCUGCAGGAGCUGGAGCAGAAGCUGGAGGCUGGCCUCUCCCGCCACGGCCUGGGCCUCGCCACCCAGCCCCCAGGCUGCUCCAGCCCGCCGGGGAGCCCCGACGAACCCCCGCGACGGCGAGGCGUGGCCCCAGGCGGCUGGGGAAUGGGGCCCCGGGCAGGGGAGGGCCCCGUCGUGAGCGAGCAGGAGUUGCAGAAGGUCUCUGCCUCCCUUGAUGAGCUGAGGAGGGAGGUGUCCUCACUGACCGCCCGGUGGCAUCAGGAGGAGGGGGCCGUGCAGGAGGCCCUACGGCUGCUCGGGGGCCUGGGCGGCAGGCUCGACGGCUUCCUGGGCCAGUGGGAGCGGGCGCAGCGCGAGCAGGCUCAGGCCGCGCGGGGCCUGCAAGAGCUGCGGGGCCGGACGGACGAGCUGUACACCAUGGUGGAGCGGUCAGCAGUGUCUGUGGCUUCACUGAGGAGCGAACUGGAGGCGCUGGGCCCAGUGAAACCGAUUCUGGAGGAGCUUGGGCGGCAAUUUCAGAGCUCUCGUAGAGGGUCUGACCUCUCUAUGAACCUGGAUCGGGCUCCCCAAGGCUCCUGUGCCCGCUGUGCCAGCCAGGGACAGCAGUUGUCCACGGAGUCCUUGCAGCAGCUGCUGGAGCGAGCGCUGACCCCGCUAGUGGACGAGGUGAAGCAGAGGGGCCUGGCUCCUGCCUGCCCCAGCUGCCAGAGGCUGCACAAGAAGAUUCUGCCCGGUCCAGCAAGCCCAGCAGCACCUACACUCCUCUCCCCAGGAGCUGGAGCGCCAGGCCUUGGCCAAACAUGUCAGGGCAGAGGCCCUGAGCUCCACCCUUCGGCUGGCCCAAGACGAAGCCUUGCGGGCCAAGAACCUGCUGCUGACGGACAAGAUGAAGCCGGAGGAGAAGGUGGCCGCUCUGGACUAUCUACACUUGAAGAUGUGCUCCCUCCACGAUCAACUCAGCAACCUACCACUUGAGGGGUCCACGGGGACAAUGGGGGGA